UUUCUGUGACGCCUUAUGUCCCGGCUUCUGAUUGCUCACUUCCGACGUCAAUCGCGGGGCGUGUGUCUUGCUGGGACACAGUGGCGGUCUAACCUUUGCUUUGCGGAGCGGUCGGGUGUAUUCUCCGCACGCCCCCCACGCCCUCGAGGCCCCCGCCGCCCGACCCAACGGUGGAGCCGACCAACGCCUCCCGCGGCACCCUCCCGCACCGGAUCGCUCCUCGCUGGGGCGGGACGUGGCCCGACGGCGCCGGUCACUAUGAGUGAAACAUCUUUCAACCUAAUAUCAGAAAAAUGUGACAUUCUAUCAAUUCUUCGGGAUCAUCCUGAAAAUAGGAUCUAUCAGAGGAAAAUUCAGGAACUCAGCAAAAGAUUCACCGCAAUCCGCAAGACCAAAGGGGAUGGGAACUGCUUCUACCGGGCCUUGGGCUAUGCCUACCUGGAGUCUCUGCUAGGCAAGAGCAGAGAGAUCCUCAAGUUCAAAGAGCGUGUCCUACAGACUCCAAGUGACCUUCUGGCUGCCGGCUUUGAGGAGCACAAGUUCCGAAACUUCUUCAAUGCUUUUUACAGUGUGGUGGAGCUGGUGGAGAGGGACGGCUCCGUGUCCAGCCUGCUCAAGGUGUUCAACGACCAGAGCUCUUCCGACCACAUCGUGCAGUUCUUGCGCCUGCUUACAUCAGCCUUCAUCAAGAACCGAGCCGACUUCUUCCGGCACUUCAUCGAUGAGGAGAUGGACAUCAAGGACUUCUGCACUCAUGAAGUGGAGCCCAUGGCCAUGGAAUGUGACCACAUCCAGAUCACAGCCCUGUCCCAGGCGCUGAACAUCGCCCUGCAAGUGGAAUAUGUGGACGAGAUGGACACCGCCCUGAACCACCACGUGUUCCCAGAGGCCGCCGUCCCUUCCGUGUACCUGCUCUAUAAAACAUCCCACUACAACAUCCUCUAUGCAGCUGAUAAACAUUGAUUAAUUUUAGGCCACGCAGUGGAACCUUCACCUCACGGGACUGCACUCUAAAUGGAACAUGCCGGCUUUUCAGUUUUUUAAGCGAUUUGGACUCUAACUAGAACAUGUACAGCCUUUUGGGCAGAGCCAUGGGAAUGAGGCCUGCCCACUAUGGAUGGUGGUAACUUCGUG